AGCAGCAAUCGGCGAACAAUUAUCGAUACUUUCAGUGGCCCAUCCCUAGCAGAUUCCAAUAGAAAUAAAAAAUAAAUAAAUAAACCCCCGCAACAUGUCUAUAAUAUUAAGGCUAAACUUGCGUUCAUCGUUGAUGCUACAGGUGCGUUUCAACUCUAAGGAUGCAGCCAGCGCCAAAACAAUACCCAAGAACCUCCUGGAGGAUAAGCAAACCGCCGUUUUGCAGAAGGAGAAUGGGGCCAUCUUCGACAAGCGACCAUUCAAAAUAAGCCUGGACAAAGACAAAACCUACAGCUGGUGCCUGUGCGGCAAAUCCAAAUCUCAGCCCCUGUGCGAUGGCAUGCACAAGAAUGAGUUCCUGAAGAUAAAGCAGAGACCCAUUCGCUUCAAAGUGGAGAAAACCGGCGACUACUGGCUCUGCAACUGCAAGCAGACCUCCCACAGACCCUUCUGCGACGGCACUCAUAAGCAACCGCACAUCCAGACAGCCGUCAAAUAGUUUAAGGAUAAUGUGAUAAGCUCGUUUGCUAUUCGAUUCUGUAAAAAUGAAAAAUGCGUUAAUUUUGAAUCAA